AGAAACAUGAAAAUUACUGAUUCAUACAGACAACUAUAGUUUAAGUGGUUUCGUUCACCAUCCAAUAAAUCAUAAAAAAAAAAAAAAUCCCUACAGUUGGCAUAAAUAGUUUACUAGGAAUCAUUCAUGGGAAUAAUGUGUUGGCACUAUAAGCUGCUUAAAAUAUGUUUUUAUUUUACCAGAGGUAGAAUUUGCAUAUAAAUUAGAGAAUGGCAUUUUAAGUUGACAGUCAUUUAUGCAGAAUACCACCCACAUGCAAAUACAUGUGGCGAGGCAUGGGUAUCCUUACUUGAGUUUAUAGGUCUUACAGUACUGUGGAUACAGAUAGGCACUCAUCGCAGCCCACGAGUUUAAAGCCUGCAUGCUAUCUUCAUGAAAAGUCCUUUCAGAAGUGUUGUGGCUGCUCUAAAUAUGGAUAGCCACAAAUGCAAUUUUUAAUGCGCUGAGCAAUCUGAACUUGCAAGAGGGACCAUGUUUAUUUCUGGGUGUCUGGAAGUGGAGUUGCUGGUUCGCUUGCUCAUUUGUGCCUCUCUGACACUGCGCCUCCUCUCACUUUUGAGUAUCCUGUCAGGGCUGUUGUUCUAGAACCUGCUCUCGUUUAGGACUGCGGCUGGACUGGAGCAGUGUGGCUGUCAGAGCCCGUUCCUGGGUCAGCAGCGAAGUCGUUGCUUGACUUCUGUGACAGUCGCUCUCAGCCAGUUUUUCCAUCAGCAGGGGACAGGUGUCCUCCUCAGCAAAGAGAAAUGGGCCUUCCAUGUGGCAUGUUUCAAAUCCCGGAUCUCCUCACACAGUGUCUUGAGUUUGAAUCCCACCCCCGCCCCAGAGCUGGAGUACUGAGGCACUGUUCAAGCCCACUUGUAUAGUUCCCUUGUAACUGCAGACUCCUGCCCUUCCUUCUCUUCCCUCCUUACUCUAAACCCUUUAGCACUGACUGAUAGUAUGCCGAAAUGAAUCCAGAAUAGCCUCAGACAUUAAAAGCCAUUUUCUUUUGCUCUAUCUUUGCUAGAAAGUUAUUGGUCAUGGAUGAAGGAGGCUCUGUGAUUAUUUCUGUUUGUUUAUUGCUGCUUGGCUGGGAAACCGCACCCAGUGAGCGAACACGUCCACUAGCGCACUGGGAAAUUCACAUUUCCAGCCUGCUUUAUUUCUCAUCUUAGACCCGUGAGCCAUGAGUGAAAGUGAAUUUCAAGAGUAUGAGAUAGGCAGCCAGUCGGUAGGUGUCCACUCGAAAUGCUGGCGUAAUCACUGUUUAAUCUUUCGAAUGUAAACAGGUAACUUGGGCUACCUGCAUGGGGUGAUUUCUUGGGCUUGAAGGACGGAAGAACAAACCUCACGUGUGGCCACUGGCAGGAAACAUCAUUUCGCUUGUCUGUCUUCUGAGUUGUCUUUUUUUUUUCCAGAGCUGGGGACCGAACCCAGGGCCUUGCGCUUGCUAGGCAAGCGCUCUACCACUAAGCUAAACCCCCAACCCCCUGAGUUGUCUUUUUAAAGGUGGAGGGUGCUGCCAAAGCUUGAAGGUGCCAAGGAAUGGCUUUCUGUUCAUUUAUGUGCGCUUCAGAUUUUUUUUUUUUUUUUUGGUUCUUUUUUUUCGGAGCUGGGGACCGAACCCAGGGCCUUGCGCUUCCUAGGUAAGCGCUCUACCACUGAGCUAAGUCCCCAGCCCACGCUUCAGAUUUUAAUGGAAAGUCACUGGGAUCCUUUCCAUGGUAACAGAAGGAAUGGGUCUAGAUCAUCAGAGGAGGGCUUCUGAAACAGUUACUAGUAUUGAGCAGGCAGGGUUCCUAAGCAGGUCUGCAAGGCUCACAGUAAACCCAUGGGCACCUGCACCUUGCUUUUGCUUGCACUGCUUCUUUGCGGGCGGCGUGAGAGCUGGCAAGGCCCUUAUUAGUUCUUUAUACCUCCUAGAUGAGAUUAGACACAAUAGUGAACAUCUGUAAGAACAGAAACAUGCUGUUCACUUGUACACACAGCAAGAUUCUCAGAGUUCUGUGCAGCCUGGUAAAUCCUGUCUGCUUUAUGCAGUGUGGCCCGGAACGGUUAUGUAGUGAGGGAGUGCUGGCUGCUGGCCAGACAUUGACUAGGAGAUCUUGGGUACCUGAGAGCUUAUCAGUUCUUUUGCUUUGUAAAGAGAAAAAAAAAGUGAUGAAAAUGUUGGUAAACUGCCAUGAAGGUUUAAGCCUGCUGGAACAAGGAGCCGUGUAAUCAGAUUCGAAAAUGGAGCUGGAAGAUCUCUGCAUGGAGAGGAGCCGUCUGUGGACCCUGUGAGCCGCUGUGCAAGUGCCUGAGCUGACCACUUUGUUAGCAAAUCAGCUUGUUUGCUACUGCGGCAGGGUGGAAGAGACCGGAGCUUGUGAUGGUAUGUAUCGGAGGGAGAGAGAGAACUCUUGCAUGGCACAAUCUAAUCAGCUUGCAAUUAGCUCGGGCCCUACAGUCGCCUUCUUAAUUUCCCUCCCCACCCCCUUUGCGUUAAUGCUGUGUACUUUAAACAAUUAAGUGAGGGAAAGAAUCCUUCAAGCAAAUCAAAUCCAUCCCUUAAUUUUAUCACCCUGAUGAAAAAGUAUCAGGUGGUCCACUGGUCUCCAUAAGGAGCUGGGACGAUCUCCGGCUCACUGUAGCAUAGAGUUCUUCCCAACUGAUGUUUGUGAUAAUCUUUCAGUGCCCUUGGCGUGGAUGGUGAGGAAAGGGUUCAUCAGUUCGUCUAGAAUUGAAGUUAAAAAUCCGUGUGGCUCUGGAUUGAAAACCCUUUUGGCUUGGUGGAUAGCCUGUGUUUGUUUUCUGCUUUCAGUAACUAGAGGCGGGCUAGGUCCGUGUGUGUUAAAGACAGCAAUCUGCGUCUGCUAAAUAUAAAAUCAUUUGCUCUGCUGUUUACCCAGGCAUCUCUGCACAGAGCCCCCUGAAGCUCUGGAUGAUAUAGCCACUUGUCCACAUAAUUCUCCUACGUCUCCCUUCCCAAACAGGACUCGCUAAGGUUGAAGAGAACAAGGCUAUCAUUGCUGACCAUGUGUGUGUUGCUUGUUAAUCCCUUAAAAUAAAAUUCAGAUCCUCCUGGGGUGGGGGGCAGGAGGGGGUGAGGAGUGCAAGCACGGAUCUGCAAAUUCAGUGCAAGAGUUUUAUAUUUCCCUCAUUCAAGGACAGUAACUGUGGCGCUGCUUAAGCAAGGUCCCUAUUUACUGAAACAAAACAAACCAUCUUCAAAACAAAAACAAACAAACAGGCAGUUUUCUGGCACUGCCUCUCCAUUCUUUCUCCCCCUAAAAGCGUCCGUGAAUGUGCAUGAACCCCUCUGGCCAGUUAGAUUUAUUACACGUUUGUCUGUCGGGAGGUAGAAAUAGGCAGCCUUUUACCAGUGUUUAAUGAGCUUGAAGAGCUGUUAGGAUUGGCUUGCAGUGGCUCCUGGAGAAUGCCCCGGAAUGUUUUAGGCAGUUUACCUCUGAAAUUGUCACUUUCUUUCUGAAUGCUCAAUGUGGUCAUGAUGGGAACAUAGUGAUAAUAAUUUUAUUUGAUUACAAGAGCAUCAUUGUCUGCAACAUAGCAAUUUAUUUUCCCUUCUUAGAGGAGAUAAUACAGAUAUUGAACUGUCCAUCUUCAGUUUGCUUUCCCAAAAGGAGCAGAGACUUGGAACCUAUAGGCAAAGUCUUUGCAUUCAGUGUUUUCUCAUCUGACAGACAAUUAAAAGUUUAAUUGUUCACGCGUUACUGCUUGGUCCUGGAUGGAAAAGCAUGCUUUAUUUAGUUCCAGUUUGGCUACGUGUCUUACAUUUUGCAUUUGAAAAACUCAGUUCUCAUCUGACAGAGCAAAAGAGUGGCUAACAAGAAGUGCAUUUAAAAUUAGGCAAGCCAAGCAUCUAAGUUUGCCUGGGGUUUGCUUGAGAUUCUGCACUGAAUCCUUUCAUCGUGCUUUGAAGUUUUCUUUUGUUUGUUUGUUUGUUUGUUUUUCAUUAAAACGAAGCUUAAAGGAAAUGUAUAUCACCUGCACUCGCCCUGUGCCAAGGAGCUUCCCUUCAUAUUCUGCUAGGACGGAUUCCAUUAGAUAUGCACUUACUGUACUCUGGAUUGUAAAUCUUACAAUUUAAUGGUAAUUCAGGGGGCAGGUAUUGCUUCAGUGGCCUUUUUUUCUUUCUCUUUUUGUCCCAUCUCACACGUGAAAUACAGUUACCCUUUACAAGGGUCGCAUCUGUAGAAUUCAGCUUUAGUACUUUUUAGUAGUUCCUGCUGCACUGGCCUCUAGUUUUAAAACUAGGCUGGCUCUGAGGGUCCCAUGUGGGGUGGAUGAGUCGGAGGUUUUGGGUGUUAUGUGUGGACAGGGUCUAGGGGGGUGGUCAUUAAAUGGGAGUGUAGGGAGAGACAGACAGACAGAGACAGAGACACACAAAGAGCGACAGACAGUAAGAAGAGAUAAUAGAGAGAAAGAGAGAGACACACAGAGAGAGACAGAGAGACAGAGAGAGAGAGAGAGUCUGAGUAUCAACAGAAGAACCAGAAACAUUAGUCUCAGUCUAGCAGAUUAAUAUCUUUUUCUAAAUAAGCAUUUUCUCUAACCUUAUUCUCAAUCCAAUGUCCCAUUUUCCAUGACAGUUGAGUCCUGCACUUUGAAUCCCUGGGAACACCAAUGGCAUCUGAUUGGUACAGGUCUCUCCUCUGCCUUGCUUACACUGUUAAUAUCCUCAUCCUUUUUUGGACAGUUAGAAUUUUUUAAUAGAAACAAUAUAUACAUUCAUAAAGAAAUUAUAAAGGGAUUCUCCUGCAGAUAAUGAGUUCUCUUAAGGAACUGCAGGUUACACAGCCCACAAAUGAGCUCUAAGUGGGGGGAUUUAAAGUCCUGCUACAGCAUUUAAUUUCUUGAGGGAAGGAGUUCAGUUGAAGGUUAGCCUGUUAUUGUGGUAACUACUCUGGACCCUGUGCCUCUGCCAGCAGAACUGCACAAAAGGCACUCAUUUUUAUUUAACAUGCAGGGAGGUAUUAAUCAUGGCAGCAUUUUCCUCAAAAAUUAAUCUUAUCAUAUUCAUUGUUUCACUAACCAUGACAAUAAUAGGUGUUUAAUUACCCAAUAAGGACCAUUUAUAGAUUCCAUUUGUCCAGCAUGCUGGACAAACAGUAUUGAUUUUGUACUUGGAUGCAACAUGGAAUUGUAUUAGACACAAUUAGAAAUCCAAAGCUGGUGAAAUCUACAUUUGUUACUGUAGCUGGGCUUGCUUGGAGCAGCCGCCAUUCCCUGAAGUCCAGGUGACGUCAAUGGAGUAAAGAGCAGCUGAGAUUUCACUGACGCGUCAUGAUGAAAAAAAAUGGAUGGCCAUUACCCCCAUAUUGUGUAUACAAGAUUAUCUGUAUAGAUUUUAGUUUUAGUAACGCAGUAAAGAGUUACCUGAAGUGCAAAAAAAAAAAAAAAAAAAAAAAAGGAAUGAAUGCUUAUCUGUAUCCAGAAAAGCCAAUAUAUGCAGGGAUGCAGGGGAACACAGACUUGGUGUGAUAUUGUAACUGAGAUUUUUUUAUUUUUUAGCCUAUCCUAGGAGCCUCUAUUUUAAUAUUGACCAAGUUAUUAGUUUGAAUCAGGGUGGGAACCACACAAGAUAAAAUCUUAGGCUGUGUUUUGCUGAACCCUCUGUUAAAGUGACACGGAAGACCUCUGAGUCCUAAAGGUAUCCUCAUUUAAGCAGUGUGGUUUUGUUUGUCUGACUUAUUUUUUUAAUUAACUAAUUAAUUUAUAUUUUAUGGUACUGCACAUCAACCUUUCAUGUAACUGACUAUGGUGGCAAAGUCUUGCAAAAAGCUAAACUCCAGCCUGCAAUGUGUCCCUCCUUGCUGUGCCAAACACAUUUGUGCCUGCAUCUGGCACGUGGGAAACCAUAAUUAGAGAGCACUCUCUUGUUGGUCAGCACAUUAAUUGCCCAUGAUCCGCAGCUCUGCUCAAAAUUGUGUCUUUUAGGAGGAAGGUCAUUUAGCCUUGCGCAAAUAAAAGGAGAAAUAAACUGAGGUCUGACAGUCAGCGAGCCACCAGAUCUUCAUAAUUUCCCAAGGAUAUAUCGUAUCCUCACUAGAUUUGACGAUAUUGUGUUUUUAAGGAUAGAAGGCCUUGGACAAGAAAUUUCUCUCUUGCAGAAGAAUGAGAGUGAGCAUCCUGUUCAUUGCCACCACCUCCCCAAAUAAAGGGUGUUGUUGAUUGACACGAAAGGGUAUUGUAUUUGCCCAGCCCUAUUGAUUCCUCUUGGAACACCAAUGGCCUCUACUUUAGCACAGGAGUCUUAAUGUUUGUUUAGAGGGCUCAAAACUUCAGGGCAAGGGCAUUUGUCUGAGGAUAUAGCACCAUUCUUACAUAGUGAACAUUUGCAUUAUCAUUUCUCUUCUGGGCCAUAACAUACAGUGUAGGUUGGCAAUUAAAAAACAGGUACAAACACUAUCAGGGUGUUAUUUUUUCCCUUAAGUUUUCAAAAAUGUGACCAGAAAAGACUUUAAUGACAUACCACUUAAGAACACUGUUAUCUUCAUUGUUUCUUCUCUCUCUCUCUCUCUCUCUCUCUCUCUCUCUCUCUCUCUCUCUCUUGUAUUUUUCCUAGAUAUGUGAGGAUGCAUUUGUUUAUUUUGCUUGGGAGAGGUUGGGGCUGGCAGGCAGAUAUUCUCCGGUAAUGCAAUCCGAGGUCUUGCAAAUAGUGUGUGUGUGGGUCACAUAGUAGAUUAUGUCUUUGGUCUAUGAGCUGAAUGGGUGAUGCAUGGGGUAGUUUGUAAGAUAGGAUCACAGUUUAGAAAUGAGCAAGAAAUAUGCAUGCUGUGGACAAUUGCAAUAUUUUCCCUACAAAGUGAACAUCAAGUUUGCAGGAUUCUCUGGUCUGGACUCUAGGUCCCUGAGGAUUCCUCUGUGUUCUCAUGAAAUGAAGUCUUUCUUUUUGUUUGUUUGUUUUGUUUUUUUUGUUUUGUUUUGUUUUAGUAAAUCACAGACAAACCACUUAUUUACUGCAUAAUGUGAGUGUAGAUAUUUUUAAGUGAAAGGUGUUUCCUUAUAUGCAAAUUUGGCAUCCAAGGCAUUUGAUGGCCAAAUUCUGUCUUUUAGAGUUUCCUCAUCAAGAGAAUGGUCUGGCUGCUUGAGGGAUGUGUGCACACGCAUUGGGCUGCACCUCCUCUUACUGCAGCUCCUUUGUGGAUUGGUGAAAAUGAAGAUGAGGCCUUUCUAAGGACCUGCUUCUUCAGCCAAGCUCUAGAUUCUAUAAGAUCAUAUGUGCUAGCAGAUUUAUGAAGAUUAUUCAUGGUGUAUUAACACUAAUUUAGACUCUUUAGGGGAGGAGUGGAUUUUAAGAUCUUUACUUAAUCCUCUUGCUUUAAAGAAACAUAUGUAUAUAUGUAUAUGCAUGUGCAUAUGUGUACAUGGUGUAUAUGUAUAAAUGACACACACACACACAAGCAAUGGCGUGGUCAUAUGUGCAGCCAUGGCUUCCUAAUAUGAUAGUAUAUGGACAUUUAAAUCCCUCUUUCCAUUCUCCCCUCUUUUCCUCCCUCUCUCCCUUUUUCUGCCUUCAUUUUCUCUUCCACCCUUCUUUCUUUCUGACACAGGGUCUGUAGGCUGGCCUUGAAUUCUUUUCAUCCAAGGCAGGGAUGACCUUGGAUUCUGGAUCACUCUGUCUCCACCUCUCAAGUGCUGAGAUUACAGGCAUGCGCCUCUGCAUCUGGCUUUCUGUCCUGCACCACACUGCAGUAUUUUGCUUGCACAAUCUCCCACCCACUCCUGUACGCUAACACGUGUCGCUGGCGUUAUCUCUCGCAGCACCUCCAGCAAGUCUCUCCACUGCCUACUGUCCACUCAGCAGCCUCCUUCUAGCCUCAUUGUUCGCUGUUUGAAUGAAAGAAAUCGAUAAGACUGUUAAAACUAUCGGAGAACUUUUUAAAACGGAGAAAUAAUAUUUUAAUUACUACUGACAUGCCAGUUUGAAGCCCAUAUCCUACUUUAUGACAGUUCGGUUUAGAAACUACAUUGCUUCAUUUCAGUAACUUUAUUACCAUUUGGCUCAGAGAUUGCUAUUUCGCCUUGGCCACAGAUUUCAUCAGUUGCCCGGUUCACCUUUGUCCAUGUUAUACUUGUGAAAUGACCCCUUCCGUUAGUGCUUGUCAAUAGUAAAUUGCUAUAUUCUGUGCCUAGAAACACACUGGAGGACGACAACACUUUAUUGAAUGACUGAGUUUGUAGUUAAUUUUUUUUUCCAAAAUUAAAACUUAAUUGGAAUAGUCCUAAUUAUUACUUAGUGUCCAUGAAUUAAGACAUUGUUUAGGGUCAGCUAUUUCUGAUAAUGUUCUUACUCUUAACAAGAAUACAAGACUUUAAGACCAUACGUGUGUUUGGAGACCAAGUAUGUUUUGUUUCUCUCUAAUUUUCUAACCAUUCUAUUAAACUAUAAACACGUGAGGUGGCCAAGGUUCAAUUGUCCUAUGACAUCAAAUUAUAUUUACCUUUGAGCAUUGUCUGUGAAUGAAUCCUUUGUCCACAGAAAGAUCUGUUUUGUUUCAAGCAAGGGAUAUGCAAUCUUGUCAUGUAAUGACAGAAUUAAAGAAAUUCCAAUUUCCUACUGAAAGCUGGCUCUGAAUAAUAUUUCCUUUAAAACAAAUAAGCAAAGUGUGGUACUUAAAAUAUUUAUCACCAUUUGGGUUUUUCCAACAGUAAAUAUAGUUGUGAUAAAUAUGUAAAUGUGUUAACUAUUAAAAUAUUAGCUAUUCCAUUGUAACAUUUAUAGGAAAAGAACGUCACUGCUCCCUUCUUUGCACAGCGCUUAGCUCCUUUAUCUCAUUAACAAAGCUGUUGCCAGAAAUAGAACACCGAUAAGUUGCUUGAGGAUGGAGGUAAAAUAAAAUACCACCACUAUUGCAGACCCAGCCCUGGGGGACUCGCUCUGGCCUGCAGAGCAUCCGGUUUGUCCAGGGUAUCAAGAAGCAAUUAGGUUGAGAUGAAUGAUUUCACAACUUUACUUUUCUGUCACCUGGAUUUCAAAGUCCGUACAUCACGGACUUUUGCUUCGUUUAGUUUUUGCUUUGUAUAUUCUGAAGUAACCAGCCAUGAGGUUGUGUACCUACUCCUAGGCAAAGAGAGAGAGGUGAAAGAGCACAAGGGAGAGAGUCAGAUAGAGACAGAGAGACACCGAGGGAAAAGGAGGACAAGUGUGGGGAAAUAGUGGUUUUCAUUACAUUCUAGUAUCACAAACUAGCAUAUGGUUGAUUCAAAUCGGGCUAUUGAAUAGACAUGAAAGAAAAAGUGUUAGAAGUACAUACUUUUACUGAUGUUAGGCAACAGGAGAGCAAAGAAACAUUAAUUUCUCCACUUUCAGAUGCAGAGGUUUAUACCGUGGCUGUGGCUUUCGGGACUAGGAAAGAUCCUCUGUGUUUUUUAAAUCUUUGGGUAUAUUUGCUAUACAUUUUUGUUUGUUUUAAGUAAAAUUUUUAAGAACCCAAUAAUAUGUUGUAUAUGAAAAUAAAAUUUUGUUAUAUUUUCAGCCAACGAGAGUUCACCUCUGUGAUGCACAAUGAAUGAUUUUUGGCAUUGCCUCUCAGAGAAGGAUAUUUGGGUUCUGUCUAAUGUUCAGAUCACAGUGGUAUCAAGCCAAAAGGAUAUGUAUUCAAAUACAAGUGGUAGGAUGCUAUGCUUCAGGAAGUUAUGUGAAUUUUGUAUUCUAUACAGUGUACUUUAGACAUACCUUACUAAAAAAAUAAAUAAUUAAAAUAAAUAUCAUAGUCUCAAUCAUAGAAUAAAUAUACACUUAUUUAGGCAAAAUUUGAAUCAUUAUAUUUAGGAAUGUUUUUACUGUAUGAUACUAAAAACUUGCUGUGACUAGAAAAGUCAUAAUUAAAUAAACAGUAUUUGAGCAAGCUGUUCGCUAUUAUUAAUAGUGUCAUAAUUUAAAGUAAAAUGAUUAAGUCCCUGACUUCACAUCCUUGUCUUGAAACAUAGCUCUUUUAAAAGGAUCUAUUCACAAAUAAUAAUGGGUAGAAAUCACGAACAUGGAAAACUAUAUGAGCCGAGAGCUUGAGUUUACUGGUAGAUCAGUUAAACAUCAGCGCUCAAAAGUAUAAAGUUUGUGUAGCGUUUAACAGGCCUAGGAAGAGCUUUUAAAGUAACUUGUGUGUAAUACGCAAUGCUAACAGAGCUUCCCAGAGCCCCAGAGGAAGCUAAAAAUGUAAUUCACAUGCCUACGGCUGCUGGGGAUACUGGAAUUAUGGUGAGCCUGGAUAAAAUAAGGCUUCUAUGCCACCAUGUAAAUUCUCCAGAUGAAGAGAAAUGGAAAUCUGUGGAAUGCUCCAGCAACUUAGAAAUACACAUACUUAUGAAUGUGUUUGAAAUGGAUCUCAAGACACCAGACUUCCUUUAGUGCUUGGCACAGUGCUACUUCUAAACCAGAUAUGGAGAAACAACACCACCAAAACCAAACCAAACAUCUAUUGUGGCCCAUUUUAUCAUGGAUUUAAUAGAAAAAAAAAAGGUUGAGGAGGUGAAGAUGAGAAAAAGGAAAUCAUCCCAGUAACAUUUUUGAGUCUUGCUUGAAAGUUAGGGGAUGCUAUCUUGUGUUGUAACGUUGGCAAAGGAAAGAAUACAAACAACAAAAAUCAUACUACUGAAAGAUUGUAUAAAUGUAUAAAUACUCUUUUGUACAAGUUUUUAAUGAGUGCCCAUACUGUUUUACAUUUAUGUCUCUAUCUGUGUGUGUAUAUAUGUUUAUAUAUACAUAUAUAAAUAAAUGUUUAUAUAUAAAUGCUUAUAUUUUAUAUACACACCAAUUUAUCUCUUAUCUAUUUGUCUGUCUGUCUCUCUAUCGUCACUCAUAUUUAGAAACUGACCUUUGCUGUCAUGUGAUAAUUAAGGAGGUCAGGCUCAGCCUUACUGAGGCCUAGUAUUUUUAUCUUAUAGUAGAUGACCUGCGUAGAAUUCCUCCACGAGUUCUAAAAGCUGAAGGAAGAUGUACAUUUCCUUCAAAUAGGUUCUAUUUGGAAGAUUUCAGGAAUAUAGAAACUGGGUUGUUUCACUUAUGUUUUCCUAGUGGCUACCAGGUGUGUAAUAAGAAUGUUUGAAGUGUGUGUUGGUUUUUUGCCUCUUGGGUAGUGGUUCCUAUACUGUGGGUGCAAACCUGAAGAAUAUUGAACUUCUAGCUCAGGUUUAUCCAAUUUCUAUUUAUGACCAAACCAAGCCAUAUGUUACCUGGUUUUAAUUAUAAGUGAAUUCUGUUGUGAGUAGGAGGGAGACAUUCAUCCAUUUAGAAAUGGCCAAAGCUGUUAUGAACGUACCUCCAGCUAGUAAUGCUGUUCCUCCAUCAAUGGAUGUUGAAGGAAAAAAAAAACCAAAACAAACCAGUUUUUUUAAUCUGUGAAGGUGUUUUUAAUCAGUUAAUUAAUUAAUUGAUUAAUUUUGCCUUUGUGUGUACGCACAGACACAGACACACAUGCAUGUACCCGUGUCAGGACAGACAUGCGGAGGUCCAAGGACAAUUUGCAGGAGUCGCUACUGUCCUUCCACCGUGGUUCCCAAGGCUUAGAUGCUACAGUCUCUAGACUGAAGCAAGCACCUUUACCCACUGAACCUUCCUACCAGACCAGUCUGAGAUUUUUUCCCUUUGUUAUUAAAAAUGUUGAAAUCUGUGCUUGUUUGGAAGCACAUUACUUCCAGGUGAUUUGACUGUGAAAUGCUGCCUUGGAUGUGACUCAACAUUUAGACCUCUUCAAGUAGUUUAGCAUAUUUACCUCUAGUCGAACACCUAGUUAAGGUUGUGCUUCCGUUUCCUUACUGAAUAUGUGAACUAUUCUAUGACAGGGAUAAUAACUGAUUAGUUCUGUUGGUGAAUGAUUAUGUGCUAUACAUUUGUAAUAAACUGUGUUUGAAUAUGCAUAUAUGUGUGUGCAUGAAUGAUUAUUGCCAAUUUCUUGAUUAUGAUAUUUUUCAAAGUGCAUUGUUCCCAGAUCUUCACAGCCACUGGCUUAGGGUAAGUCAGAAUCAGCCUCUGCAACAUCUGUAAGGACCCCUUCGUGCCCGUUGCAGUAAUUAACUUCAGAUUUAGAUGCACAACGCACACAAGUCCUUGAUGGAAAUGACCGACAGUAUGUGUUACUGAAUCAUGAAUUACGGAAUCAUCUCAGUUUUACUGGUAUCGUGCCUCAGUUUACCCAACUUUUAGUAAAGGGCACAUUCUAUGUUUUUGAUUUUGCUUUUCUUGCAAGGAUAGCGUCUGAAUGAGUUCCUGCUGAAAAGGAAGUGCUUUGAUGAGGGGGGCUCUAUCUAAAUGCUAAGUAUUAUUUAUUAUUCAUGUAAGCAUAUUACUGUACCCUUCAAUCACCUGGGUUUUUUUUUUUUUUGGAUGUUUCAAAUGGGCAAUUACUGUCUCUUUGUGUAAAGCUUUUAAAUUUUUUAAUUUAAAUUAAAAGUUAAUCUAAUUUAGGAAAACUCUGCCAGCUGGAAAAGAACACAGAUUUUUCCCCCCUCCCUUUCCAAACAAAACAGCAAUUCAGAGCAGACUCUCUAAUACGGCAGUGUGCACAGGCUUUUCUGAGCUGGUGGUGUUAGGAAGGAGGGCUAAUUAGUAAUGGCUGCUUCGUAAUGCUGGUAAUCCAUGUGUCAGGGUUACUGAUGAUAAUAGAUCUGAUUAGGUGGAAUUAACUGAUAUUCUGGAGGAUGGAGAUUCUUUUGUUUAUGAAAUCUCCAUUUUGCGAGCAUGUUACAUACCCGGCUGAGCUGCAUCCAUGAAAUCAAGUUAACGUGGCUUUCCACAGCUCAGUCCCCCAUGUGUGAGUUGAGGCUGGUGGCCUGGAGGGUUAUUUGAGCUUAGGAAGACCUUCACUGUUUGGGGAUUCACUUAGGAGCUUGCACCUCAGGACCGUAAGAGUUCAAAGGCCAGCAAUCUGAUGUGGGUUUCAGAGGGCAGGUUUAUUGCGUUGGCCUCCACGCUGGACAUCUAGCCAUCUUCCUUGACAGAUCCUUCCGUAUCUUCUUCACCUUACAUCUCUGCUGACUCCACAGUAAUUAGCCUUCCUUGUAAGAGAGAGAGAGAGAAAAAAAAAGAAAACCCGUUCAAAACAACAAAAAAACCCAAAAAGCCCAAAAUACCACAACCCGCCAUUUCCUUAUUUCCUCCCCCACAGAUUUGCAUAUUUCAACUUCCCUUUAAAACCAACCCACUUGAAGUAUUCCCUAGCACUAUUCGACUUUAAGGAAGUCUGCUUAGAAAUCACAUUAUUCAGUCCCACAGUUUCAAGUGCCCAGCAGCAUCAUUAAAUCCCCCAGAGUGAUUCCAGUCCCAUAAAAAUUGGGGACCCCUUUACUUUGUUUCCAUAUUCACAUGGAAAUCUUUCUGCAAGUUAGUAAUUAAAGUCUUUAACCUCUCUCUCCCUUCAUUUAUUAGAAAACUCUUUUUUUUCCUUUAUUUUUUCAAUUACGAAGAACUGCUAAAGCCAAUCAAGCAUUUAUUUUGAUAAACCGCUUCUAACAGUCUCAGCUAAAUUCCGCAAAUACAGGGGGGGAGAGAAAAAUCCCAGCAAAAUAAUCACCCUGAGCAGAUUUUGCAGAGACCUUGCGCUCAACCUGUUCAGAGAUAAUUACGCCAAGCUUUUAGUAUGGGGCAAAGGAAAACAUAAAAUUAAGGCAUGAAAGAAAGUCUACCUAUUUUGAGAAAAUACUGGGAUAAUUGGUACUCUUUUUAUUACCACUUUAUUAUACAAAGUUAUUGUCUUGCCUUGAAAUAUAGGUUUACAGCAGUGAAAUAGUACUGCGUGGGGUUGGGGGAUAUUCUGUUAGAUGGAUUGAUUUAAAAUGUAAUAAAAAUAGCAAAUUGCUAAACAGCGGAUUGCUAAAUAGCCAAAUUAGAGUUCAUUAUUUAAAUGACUCUUCUUUUUAAUCAUACGAUGUUCAUAAUUGCUUUGUUUCUGACAAGGACAUUAGCAGGGCCCCGCUUUGUUCUCCUGCCUUGUUUUCCCUUCCUUUCCGAGAAGCCUUCGGUGUGGAACUGAGGCCAGGAGCUUUCCUUGAGACGGGGCAGCAACAGGAGCAGCACCAUCUUGUGCUCCUUGCUGGGAGGAGGCAGUAGACAGAUUCACAGAGCUAUGAAUGGCGCUGAUGUGAAAUGUGACCCUGAUAAUGGUUAUGCAGUGCUCUUGAAAUCCACCUCUUUUACAGACUUUGUCCUUUUAUGUGAAGGUGACACUGAAGAGUGUGCCUGCCCAGAGAGGUGCAAUCUGUCUCUAUUUUUAUGUCACCAGGGACAUAUCUUGGCCUAGCGGGGGCCCAAGUCUCACACCACAUGGGGGCCUUGUUUUAAGGCUCAUAGUUAAAAUUUAUACUUCAGCCUUAGGCUCUCCUGAGCCUCUGGUAGAUCUGCGUCUGCUGAUUCUGUACCAUUAUGGAACUUGGAGAAUGGAUACUGAAAGCCUCACUUACCGGAUUUAGUUGAUUUCGCUGCUACAUAUUUAUGGCUGCGAGAUGGUUAGUUUAACUUGUAUAUAUUUUGGCAAAAAAAAAAAAACAAAAAAAAAACAAAAACAAAAAAACAAAAAACCCUAUUUCCCUAGAACUGAUGUUACUUUUGAGGGGUAGGGGUGAAGUUACAAAGCACAUCUGACUCAGUCUCCCUAGUGAGACUUGAUUACAAGCAGUACUUAUCCCUGAAGCGGGGAGCUCACAGCAGAUACUGGAGUACAUGGAGCACACUCAACUCCGUGUGUCACCUUAGAGAAGCUGCAGAGGGAAGAGAGGCCAGGCUUGUUUAGAACGAGUGGAAAUCUUUCAGAAUAGCGAUGCUGCUAAUAAAAACAAAGACAGGGAGAUAGUGGGAAGUGUUCAGCUUGUGUGGGGGAAGAAGGAAGUGCCAGUAAAAGAGAGAUGCCAGUGAUCUGAUCACCUCAGUUCUUGGGUGUCCCAGGCCUUUGGAAAGUUACCCACUAGCAUCUGCAGCUAGAAGACCUGUGUGCUAACACUUCUGUCUAGAGGGAUUGCUUCUGUAACACGGUUAUUUCUAGGGAAACCUUGGCAGACUCUCCCGUGUCAGUGGUCUCUUCACUUUCUUAGCUCCUGAUUGACUCAGACAUUCCCCCUAGGUAGGUUUGCUGCGUGAAGGAGCUCUCCUGUGACGAGAUCAUGCCUUGAGUGCCCAUAUACUCAUCGAGUGGUGUUAGCUCAUACGGACAUGUCACAGGUGACAGAAAUAGCCUUUGCAUGGCUGUGUGAUUUGUAAAUCCUUGGGCUGGUGACUGUCCUUGCUUCUCACAAAUCCCAGAGGUAGGCAGAAUUGAUGGAGUGCCUCAUGUUUUAUAGAAGAAUUGUUGGGUAAGGAAACCUGCUCCAGAUUAUUCACUGACAUGGCGAAGCAGAUUUCGAAUCCUCAAGUAUUGGCCUAGAGGGAUGUUCCUUUUCUCCUUUUCUUUUCUUUUUUUGUUUGGUCUACUGGGACCAGAACCUCUGGCCUUGCCUGUACCCUUCAUGAGCUCACACACUGAGCCACAUCCUCAGCCAACAUGGAGGAUUUUAGAAAAGUUUUCCUCAGGGUUUUCAAUUGCUGAGUAGAGAGCCCAGCUGUAAGAAUCCCUGAGCGCAUACAACGACACACGCUUCUGUCUAUUUCCUUCGUAAUUAUAAUGUGUAAAAGCAGGAAGGGUCAGAGUAAAGUACAGAGUGAAGGGAUGUGCAUAGAAUACUUGCCACUCCGUAUGGAUUAGUUGUGAUCUAUACAUGAUUGCUGAGCACUUGGAGACUAUGUGGUAACAUUAAAUCUUUAUAUUAAUUGACUUGUGCUUUUUCUGAGCCAUAUUUCUAUGAGAAGACCAAGCUGUCAGCGGUUAAGCCUUCAAUGAUUUUAGACAUCCGACAUCCCUCUGCUAAAACAAGAUGCAAUGGAUGAGAAUGCUCUGGUAAAGACUGUUUCUUAUCCUCAGAUAGAAUGCCUUCCCUCUUCUUGCCGUUCUGUUCUUCUUUAUCAGAUUGUCUUCCUCAUCGGAAGCUUGGAGAGAACUUUUCCCUUUCAGCCUUUUCUCCAGGUGUGUGUGUGUGUGUGUGUGUGUGUGUGAGAGAGAGAGAGAGAGAGAGAGAGAGAGAGAGAGAGAGAGAGAGAGAGAGAAAGCGUUCCCACAACAUACCCCAUUCAUGACAACCUCAGAGUUCUGGAGCCACCUUUUUCAUCUAGACUUAUAUGGUCUUCAGGUAGAGCGUUCAGACUCUUGUGAAUUCUCAUAGCAACCAUGUUGCCACGAGCUCUGUCUCUUGCACAGGCUAGUCCCAGCCCCACUCUCUGCCUUCCUUUCUUCAAGGGAAACUAAGAAAAGAUCUCAUUAUUCCUGUUAAUGCUGUAGCCUUAAAAGGGUUUAAACUGUCUUUGUGGGGGGUGGGUCGGGGUUCAGGCAAGUAAUGCUCUUCCCUGAUAUCAGUGUGGUGAAUAAUUUCUUCAAUUUAUUCUGUUUCAAAAUAGCACAGCGUAGUCAUUUGACUUUAGAGUUGAGAUUCCUGUUCACAGCCCGUCAGUCAUGUGCUUGUUUGUUUCUUGUGGAAACGGAGGCUUCUUCAUAUUUAAGAAUCUGUUUCAAAACUUAAAUUGGUUUGGAAGUCCAUGGCGCUCUUCUCCUACUCUCUGUGUCUCCUGUGCCUCCCCUCCUCCUCCAGGCCUCACACAGACUCAAUAGGCAGGUGGCUUAGUUGAAAGUAUGAGAAUCUGAAUUCAGAUCCCCGCCAGCCCCGCUCCACCUGUAAUUCCAUUGCCUGGGAAGUGGAGAUAGGAGGAUCCCAGGGACUCACUGGCCCGCAGUCAAUCAGAUUGUGAGCUCUGGAUUCACUGAGAGACCCUAUCUCAAAAUAAAUAAGGUGGAGAACGACUGGAGAGAACACUUCAUUAAAGUUCAUGCUCUCCAUGCACACACACACACACACACACACACACACACACACACUCACAUGGGUGUGCGUGUGCACACAUGCAUGCACACACACACAUGCACACACACCCAUGCUCACAUGUGUGUGUGUGUACACACAUGCAUGCACACACACACAUGCACAUACAUGUACAGACACACACAUGCACAUAUACACACACAUGCACAUACACACUCACACACACUUCCACACACACAGGCACAUGCCACAUGUCACAUGCAACAAACCGUAAAAGCAUAUUCUUUAAAUACAUAGGAACUCGCCUCAUAGCAUUAAAAUGUAAUAGAAUUUUAUGUAAAUGAUGGAGUACAAAUAGUUUGUUCAUUUUCAUAUACUCUUGAUUAUCAACCUUCGUCAGCCUACCAAGUUAUCUGAUUUACUAAAAUGCAUGUAUAAAUUUGGCAGUACCUAUUCCAUUUAACAAUACAUGAUGGUUUCAUUAACAUUCCUUUCUUAAACUAAUGUAAAACCUUAAUUGAAUCUUAAGUUUCUCCUUGACUGGGAUUUUCUUAAACCUCUGUUCUCAGAAAUGAUAUGUCACUAGAAAGUAGAAGUGAAUCUUAGGUUUAUUAUUUUUUAUCAUAUUAGAAACAUAUUCUAAAUGUAAAACAUAUGUAAAAUAAGAAGGUGCAUUUAUAUGAACAUUUAAUUACUCCAGUACCCAGUGCCCAAAAUUUGUAAGGCAGUGAUCAAAAAUUACAAUGUUUUAUUUGGCUUGUCGAGUUCUGAUUUUAUGAUUACAGGCUUCUAGAAGAGCUGGGUACUGCAUGGUUCCAAACAUGAACUGUUGGCAUGCCACUUUCUCAGGAAAACAAGCAUGGAAUGGCAUUUCUGUUUCCACAGCUUUGAAAAAUAACAUCUUAAUUUCAUAUAGCCAAAAAUAUCUGACAAAGCCUAUUCCUCGUCCUUACACUAUCCUAACAGCUAACGUUUCUUGAUCCAUGCUGCCUAACAUUUGUGCGCACAGAGUGUUUUCGUUUAGAAAAUUCCCUUGUACGGCGAUUGCCAGGUUUUGUGUAGAUAUGUUUUUCCUCAUUUAUUCCCACAGGGAUCUUAGUGGCCAGUUUAGGUCCAUUUCUUCCUGGAGGCAAGGGGUGAGCUCUGCCCUCCCCAGGGUGCCUGUGAAACCAUGGCUUUAUCAACACUCGACUACCACAGGGAUGAGAAACAAAUCAAAUUUCUAUUCUGUGCGUUUUGCUUCUUCUUGGAUAAAACAAGAAAAAAACUGCUCACAAGGACUGGCAGUCUCCAUUUGCAAACACGUGUUUCAAAAGUUUGAAAGUGACAGCAAGGCAGACCCCAUAGACAGGAGAAUUUACCAUCUUUAACACUUAGCUGUCCUGUCUAGGCCACGGAGGUGCUGUUUGCUUCACUAUUUAGAUUGCAGUAUCAGUGGACGUUACCGUCUCUCAUGAAUUGUGUGGAUUCACUUUCAAGUCAGCAGUUAGAAAGCAAGGAGUAGCAUAGGAUGGUACUCUUGUCUCUGUGACAUUAGACAGUGGGAUACUGGACAUCAGCCCCACUUUCCAAGACAAGAAGACCUCUGUUGCCUUCACAUAGAGUGGGGCUGGCCCAGGCGUGUGGCCGGGGCAGAGUGUGGAGGGAAGAACAGAUAAUGUGUACAGGCUGUCCAAGCUUCUGCUCCCCUUUCCUUAGUUUACCAUUCUUUUGGAUUCCUAUUGUCUUUCCACAUUUGGAAUGUUUUCUAGAAGGGCCCAAGAGAACCCACCAAGGCAGACAGAGAGAGCAGCUAUAACAUCAAUCCUUACUAGAAUUCCCCUACAGUAGGAUGAUGAACAGAUCAGUUCUCUUUUAUGAAACUACAAAAUGAACCUCCAGGAGAUAAAUAAGCCUCUGACCACUCAGCAGCUUGGAAGAGCGCAGCACCGUUCAAAAAGCAGACCUUGCCCUUACCAAAGUUCACCCACCCGUCAGGUGUAAGGCCAGCAGCAUUGUACACGGAGCAGGAAUGGAAAGUCCUUCCCAGUGUGCCCUAUUCAUUACCUCUUCUAAAGAACCACAAGUGCUGAUGAAGUUGAAGAGACUUAAGGGAUGGAUAAGGCAAUGCCAAUAAUAAUAUUCGUUAAGCACAGGUACUGUUUUGAUACAAUACUGUGUGGUCUUCUAUUCAAGUCCCUUCCAGGCGGUGAAAACCAGCAAUCAUUAGUAACUUCCCUUAAUAAAAGAAAAACGUAAGUUCAGAAAUGAGGUCCCAAGAUUAGCCUGUUGCACAGAGCCGUGGGAAUUCUAAGCUCUCUUCCUACAGCCAUGUCCUCACGUGUGCCUUCCUGACUUCCUUCUGUGAGGAACAUGGGUACCAUUACUCUAGAAUUCUCCAUCUGUGAGAAGUGUGGGUACAGCAUGCCUGUUGCUCCUUUAAUAAUCCCACAGUUUUGGAUAUGGUAGCAAAAGCAGAGAUGGAGCGAAUCAGCCACAUGUAGGAGCUAGAUAGAGUAAUAUAAUUAGCAUCAGGCCUGGCUUUCCUUCAUGAUUGAUAAAAUCUAGUCUGUUGCUUAGUAAGGAAAUCAUAGGUGCAGCAAACCUAUCUUGGGUGGUACAAUCUAAUGAUAUGCCAUGUCUAAUUAACAGACAAUUUAUGAGAUACUCACUGGUUUCUUUUCUGGGUGUUGCAGUUUAAGAAUUUUAGUAUAUGCACACAUAUAAAUGCCCUUCUCAUUCUCAGUUGAAUGAACCCGUUUCUGCAUUGUUAUUUUUCUGAUGUUCAUUGAGCAUUGAAAGCUACCAUCUGCUCAAUCUUAAAAUGAAAUGGCCCCUUGCUUAAAUGAUAGUCUUUCUUACAAGAGGUUCUCCCUGCUCAAAGCUUACAGACAGUUUUAUGGGAGACAGACAUGUAAAUAAUCAUGGAUAAAUGUGCCUAAUGAUGUUCCGUGACAAACACAGGCUUAAAUAAACACCUAGUUUGGGCACGUGUUUUCUGUUUAUCUUAAAAUCCUGGGGAGUCUCUGAAUCUUCUCUAGCUUGUUCCUUAUCUCUAAAAUUGGGAUAAUAAUGUUAUUUUACAUGUUAUUCAUAGGGCUAAGUGCAAACUUGUGUGUGCUCCUUGCAUAUUCAUUCUCUCUCUCUCUCUCUCUCUCUCUCUCUCUCUCUCUCUCUACUCUCAAGUAGCCUUUCCUUCCUUUGCUAUUCUUUGACUGACUGGGUCAUAUCUUUCUCUGACUCAUCAUUUCUCCCUCUCAAUUAGACACUACUUACCUUCCUUAUUAGGGAUUAAAGGUGUGUAGUAACCAUGUUGCUGGAUCAAAAUUCCUCUUCAGGUUACCUAGGAAGCGCAAGGCCCUGGGUUCGGUCCCCAGCUCCGAAAAAAAGAACCAAAAAAAAAAUUUCCUCUUCAGGAAUACAUACAAAUAACAGUAUGUUUUAUAUGCCAUUAAAGGUUAUUGCAGUGCUAAAAAAAAUCAAGCAUGGGUUUUCUUAGACACGGUGAUAAUUGAGAAUGAAGACUGAGGGAGUUGCCCAGAGGAGGAUAGAGAGAAGGAGGAGUGAAGCUCAUUUCACAGGAGCUAGAGAUGUUUCUGGAACAUUGCUGAAGAAUGGGUUAUGUAAAAUAUUUAAAGUGGCAAAUACUUUCAGGUCAGAGGAUGAAAAUGAAACCCAAUUUAUUGUUAAGAAGAAAUGACACUUGAGGAAGUUGAAAUCUCAGUUACUCAUUUAUAUGGUAGGAGGAGCCUGGUAUCCAGGACAAAGAGCUAGACUAUUACACAGGAAGAUUAGGAGGUGACUUAGAGAAGCUAUAGGGAAAGGUCAAGGCAACAUCUAGGCUUUAUUUGCUGAAGAAAAGGAACCAUAAGACUCAGCUCCUAAAGGGAUGGCUAACACUUUCCCUUUGUGUACAGUUGAUAGCUGCGUAAACAUUGCUAAAUAGUUUUGCUAAACUGAACUUUGACAUCUAAAGGGAGGGAGCAAGUUGGUACUUCAUAGCCCUCUAGUUCCCAGGUAGAACAGUUUCAUCAGUAAAAUCUUAUGAGAAACUGGCUAUCUUUUCACUCACUCUCAUCUCCCUCCUCCAUGUUCUCUCUUUCUUCCAGAGAGAAUUCCAUAGGCUAGUAGGUGUGGGUUAAUAUUAACUGGGGUGCUUUACAGAGGGUCUUUAGAGUUUGUAAUGAUAAUGUCCAUUCCGAAUUAUGAAAGAGAGAUUGCACUAUACAGCAUUUCCCCAAAUGAUUUAACUGUAUGUUCAAUUUCAUAGAAUAUAUUCAUGUGAGCACUUACUGUCCCUAUACUUUGUAAACAAACAAACAAACAAACAAACAAACAAAUGCCAAAGCAACAAAACCCCCCAAAUGAAAACAAAACCCUGUCAAUUUCAAGUUAACACAAGUAUUGAGUAUCUGUUGUCUCUAGUAAAUGUGUAUGCUGCCUGGAGGAUGACGCAUAUUUUUCCAAUAGUAGGGGAGAAACAUAGCAAAAAGCAUUAACCCUUGAGAUACCAAAUAUUUGCAGAACCAAAGCAUGCAUCUGAAUCCCAGAAUAAGUUGGAGGCGAAGAGACACUGGGUCCUUCAGCUUUGCCCUUGAACAAGAUAGAAAAAAAAAAGUCUCCAUAGCAAGCUCCAAAGGAAUGAUGGGACAAAAGGUACCGUGACACCUGUGUUACGUCUACAGUUCCAGCAGGAAAGCAAGGGAAUACAGAGUAAUGUGGCAUUUAGUUAAGAUGGCAUUUAAAUAAUCCUGAUUGACAGUAUCAUCUGCCAUCCUGUUGCUUAUCAGUUUGUAUCCAGUCUGAUGUGUUAUUUAGAAAUGGAAGCACACCUCUCUGGUGAUGUAUCGUUCUUUAUUUUUAACAGCAUUUUCUUAAAAUGUAUAUAUUCUUCAUCAGUUCUGUGUUUUCUCCCCCAGUUAGUUUUCGUCACUGAAGUUGUUAUUUCAUAUCUCCUGAUUGUAUCGGUAGGCUAUUAUUUUUUACUGUUAUGACCAUUUUAAUGAUGGACUUUCAAAGGAUUGCUCAUCAGGACCCAGGAAGCUCUUCCUUGAUAACUAAUGUUUUGCGAUGCUUCCUGAGUUGAGUGUACAUUUUCAACAGGUAGGUCUUAUUGCUCUCCCUACUGGCUUGUCUUUUAUUGAGCAACUACUACGCGAGAUGUGUCACUAGGUGGUGAAGAAAUGGGGGAGAAUGGGACACUUGCUGUGGUCCUUUUACACAUUAUCUUCCUCCUUGCUUUUUGUAGCUCUGCCACGAGAUUUAGCUCUUUGCUCUUCUGCUCUUUUUACCUACAGAAUGCAUCCAUAGGGACAGACGGGCCAAUGCUUACACGUGUGUGCUAGCACACAAGCUUGUGCCUUCAUACACUGGUUGGAUGGUGAACAAGUAGCAGUUGUGGCAUAGGUCAGAUGCUAAAACAAGUUGUUGGAUUUACUUUCACUUCUCUGGGGCAUGAGAUCUGGUGAUUUUGUCCAUCUCACAUAGCUCUGAUACUGUGAAUAGCCUGCAGUCAUCUUAGUUAAACGGAAGUAAUGGAGAGAUGUGAAAGGCAUGUCAGAGGAAGGAUGGGGCACUGAGCUGCCUUGUCCUAGGACUGUAGUUCUCGCUGGGACCACCUGUGUCUGUCGCAUCCAUGCCGAGCAGAAGGACACACGCGUGCAUGCCUUCCUCCCUCCUUCUCACAGAUUCUUAGACUGUGUUGGUCUUCUUGUCUCCUCCAGCGUCUCUAGCAAAAGGUCGUAGGUUUCAUUUGAUUACCUCCUUGGUUCCCUGUUAAACUCGGAUGGGUCACCUUGCUCCACAUAGCUGUUUAGAAUGUGUUCAUUUGUUUUUUUCUCCAGCGUGUCCAGUGUUGAAAGUUAAUGCUUUCUCCUUCUAUUUUCACAGAAUAGAUGUCAGAGGACACAACAUUAAUAGGAGUCUGUUUCCUCUAUUAUGUCUCAGGCCUAGGCUUUCAGAGACCUCUAGGAAUUACCAUUUGCAGUAGAAAGUGAGCUGCAGUAAAUGGACAGAAGUUUUUCUCUAUCUUUUCCUAAUUGCUUCAUGGCUUUGAAUUUGGACUGUUUCAUUUAAUUAACAAGAUGUUAUUAACCUCAUCACCAUGAGUAAAAAUAGACUAUAUUUUAACAUUUGAGGUGCGUCUAGUAUCUUGGAGGAAGAUACAUGCAAUAGCAUGUUGCUGUGUAUUAUUGAGCUAAAUGCUUUUAACAGCGUUACUCCAGAACAUAGCUAUAAAUAUCCUAUGAAGAUUAACAACAUCUUCUACUAGGGCAUCUCCUUACUAUUCCGGAUGCUUCUAGAAAAUCCAAUUCUGUGUUUGCUCCUCUAUCAGAACAAAUAACAGGCAAUGUAAAAUCUUUUGACUUGGGCAAUGUAAAAGCUACAAAAAUAAUUCAGUUCACAUCGGCAUCUCAGGGAUUUAUUUUUUCAGUUCCAGUGAUAAUGCAAAAUAGGACAUGUUAUUUAUUCUCAUAUUUACAUAUUUGUUGAGGUAGGUUUUGAAACAGAAAAUUGGUAUAAUUGCCUGAGUAGAGAAGGUGUGGGAAUUCUAGUUGAUGUGGGGACCAUAAAGGUUUCUGUGUUUGAGGGGCAGUCAAAGCACAGCAGUGUCUCUGGGCUGCAUGUGCUCCCCGUCUGAUGUUCUCCUCAGAACAAAGCAAACAUUUAAGGUGAGUUUCAUUGACUGUUUAAAAUUCUUAAAGCUGAGCUCACUUCUGGGUCUCUGUUCACUUCUCGGAGAGAAUCCUUGUUAGCAAAUUUAAAGGCAUGUUGAUUUGUCUUUUAAUGGAGAAAACAUUUUGUUCGUCCUAGUAAUUGGAAGACCCUCAUUUUUAUCUCUGUCUCUCUCAUUCCACAAACUCCACUCUGUUUUUUGCUUUUUUUUUUAUUCUCGAGUCGAUUUUCUCUUCUUGAAAAGAAGAGAGAGUUAUUUUCCAGGUAAAGCGAACUAUGUGAUACUCAAAUAGAUUUGGCUGAAUUAAACAGCUGAGUAACUGCUCGUUAAUACCUACCUCACUGAUUACCAGGGUUUAUCAUUCGUGGAUUCAUCAGCAGGCCUCCAUAUUUUAGCACACUACACUCACUGUUUGCGGGAGGGUCGCAUCACAGAACAGAGUAAGAAACUGCCACAUUCAUGAACUAGGGGAGAUAAACCCAGAUGCUGUCUGGAACCAAAUCAGUUAAACAUAGUGAAAAACAUGUAUUAAAAAUAGCUCCUCCUUACUAACUAUUAAACAUUGGCUGAUUGUUGAACUGGGAAAAAUUAAGGCAGAGUAUUGACUGGGUUCCUUGGUUCCCUCUCUCUUCUUCUCUCCCCUUCUGUCCCUCCCGUAUCAUUCCAUAACUCAUUCUAAAGUAGAUUAUAUUCAGUGUUUAAACUUAACAAUCAAAGACUUGACAAAAAGUACACUCUGUGUUUUGUAAAUACCUCUUCAGUUCGGGGCCUCUAGAACCUCAUUUGGUUUACAACAAAGUAUAACAUAUUCUUAAUUCUCUGGCCAGUGGCCAAUGGCCCUAUUCUUCAUGAUCUUUACCUUAGACAGAAAAUGAAAAAGCACUAUGGUACAACAUUUGCGCCCCAUAUUGUUGGGAAUGUUUGAGUUGGAAGUCGCUUCCUAACGUGGCAUAAGGAAAGACUCUGCCUUCGUCUAAACUGAGGUUACAGUCUAAAACUCAAAGACUGUUAUAAACCAAAACAAUGCUUAACUACUUAACCUACCUCCAUGACUUCUAAGGACAGAGUCACAGUUUUGAUAUUCAUCUGCUGGGCAACACCGAUCUUUCACUGGAAUUAUUUUUAUUUUAAACUUGUAUCCCCGGGGCUCUCACAGCAACCUCUCACAUGUCAGGCAAGAGAGAGUAGUACCACCAAGAGGCCACACCAUGCUCCUGGAGGCAGGCUUGCCUCUUACUUCUCUAGAUUAGAUAAUUCAGAUUUUAAACAUUUCUUUAAGUACGAUCACAUAUACUUUUAUGUUUCUCUUUACUGCUUAAAGGCCGAAUUGGAAUCCCUAUCAGUAAAUAUCGGGAAUUUUCACAAUGGCUUCAUUCCGUUAAACUCUUUUUUUUUUUUUUGUUUUUUUUUGUUUUUUUUGUUUACCUGGUUUAGAAAGCUUGCUUCCUCUCACACUGGUAUUCGUUUUCAUUCUUUCCCGGCUGCAAAGGAUUUUACACAUUUCUUUUUCUGCUGCUCCAUUUCACAGUUUGAUUUUACUUUAUUUUCUUCUUUUUCCUGUGCAUGUAUAAUCAUAACCCUAUACUUACCUGUGACUCCAUUUAUAUCCAGGUUGUAUCUUUUGUUUUGAAUUACAAUUACAUCCAUUCCUCUUAGCAACAUUACCUCUCUCCACCGGGAUGUUAUCUUUAAAAUUCAGUAUCAUGUGAUCUUUCUUUAUUGGAGGCAGUUAGAUGAAGUGUUUAAGAAAUACAGGCCUCCGCCUCAGGGAGCACCACAGUAGGCUUCCCUGACAUUGAGUCAUUGGAAGCUGCUCUUUCAUAGGCCCAAUUUGGUCAUCUGAUUUAUGUACUUUGUAUCUUCAGAGUUGAGGAACAGACUUCCCAGGGAAAAAAGCACAUUUAUUUUAAUGUUGGGAUCAUCUCGAAAUGGGGACAUUGUUAGGUGCCAAAUUGAAAUUAUUAGUAUUUUAUACUUGUUUUUGCAAUAGUGAGACAUAUGCUGGUUACACUGUGGCUUUGGAAAGCACUUCCUGCCCCAUUUAGAGUCUCAAGUGCAAACCAUAACCCUGCAGAAUGUUAUGUGCGUUUGGGGCACUCCCAGGGGGACCUUGGGCCCAUAAACCAGCGGAUGGAUUAUAUAAUGCUGCAUAAAUGCUGUAUUUUUCAUCUGACAGACAUAAUCUUGAUCCUAUAUUUUUAUGUUACCUAACUGCUUCAGAAUACCGCUGUUGAAGCAACCCAUCAAAAUGGAAAUUGCUUCUAAAACAUGGAGCAAUAAAUAUUGGUCAAGGCUUUGUGUAAUUCAGUGACUCAAUACUUGAACGCGAGUCUAUUGAAAUUGUCUGUUGCUUUAGAAAUAGGUUCAUAAUCUACAUUUUAUGAUGCCAUUUGAAUUCUUUCUAUCUUAUAGCUCAUAUGUUUACUUUUUAAAUAUUAAAAUAAACGCCACUUGAUUUGUUUAAGGCCCGCCUAUACAUGAAUCAAGCCUAAAAGCAGGCACAGAUACAGUACUGACAAGUUAUAUAGACAUGGGAAUUCAAACGGUAUACAGGUCAAGACACGUUUGUGGUACCUAUGGAAUAAAUCAUGAAAGGACACAUCACUAUGAAACUUGCAGUAAAAGUCCUGUCUCCGCUGGGUUGUGUUUGAAUGACUUGAUGGAUGGGCCAUGGGGUUGCAUCCUUUUGUUGGGCCACAUGCUUUCUCUGAUUCUGUAUACGAAUGAUAAUAGUUUUGGCCUUAUUGUUCCUUUCUUAGAAAUAUAGAUAAGACACUUCCCAGUGCCCUCCUGUCUUUUGAUUGGAAGCAAAUUCCAAAGCUGAUCGCUCUGACUGCCUGGUUCCCUUCCGGCCACCAUCUUUAGCAUGUCCGUCUUUAGCAUGUUCCACUUGCGCACGUCUUGCUGAUGGCACCUUCCAACUUUCACUGUUAAGGACAAAUUACCCUUUGCUUAUGAGAUGGCAACAGCUAUAGAUUACUUAACAUUUUACCAAGAUUGACUUUACUGUUCUCAUGGGCAGAGUUUGCACAUGAGCGUUCAUGCAUUAUAAAUACUCUUUAUUCUCCAAGGCACACAGCAAGGCUUGUCCUGGAGUCUUGUGUGUCUCAGGGUAUUUUAUUUCUUGACCCUCGAUGUUACUCUUUCUUCUUCAGCUUCGCUGUAACAUUAAGUUGAGCUCUCCAACUGAUUAUCUUUUCAUUUUAUUUGUCUCUUUAUAACCUAGGACUGUGUCCUAGUCAUAAGUUCUUAGAGGUUUUAGUGAGGCUCAGAGAGUAUCCCAUUAAGGGUUCAGCUCCUGCCUCUUUUACAUUUAGUAUCGUUUAGAGUAUGUGCAACCAUGAAGACCUUGUUUUAGACUGUGAAACUUUCUUCACUGAAAGUUGGUGUCAUAUGCUUUUCUUUUAUCUCUUUUUAAGAUUAGUUUUGAAGCUUUUCAUUAUUUUAUUUAUUUAAUGUACACACCUAUGGCUCCUGUGUGUGGAAGUAGAAGAAACACGCAGGAAUCCUCUCUCUCCUAUGCUGGUCCUGGGGAUCAAACUCAGGUCGUUAAGCUUGGCAGCAAGCGCCUUUACUUGCUAAGACAUCUUGAUGACAAUUUCCCUUCUCUACAGAGUUUUUGCUCAAAUAUUUCCCAAGCAAUAUUAGUUUUAGAAAUUACUGCAAAAAGGGCAACACAUAACCUAAGGGAUUUAUUCAAACUGGAUUUUUCUGUGUGUGAAAUAUAGUUGGUAUAUUUUGCAGAUUUACUAAAGCCUUCUAAAGCAUUUAUAGGCUAAAUUGUCACAUCUUUGUUAUGGAUGAUAAAUUUUAAAAGAAAAAGUUAUUAGUAUUAUUUUUCUUUGUGUGUGUGUGCGUGUGUAUUGUGUGUGCAUUGUGUGUGUAUUAUGUGUGUAUAUUGUGUGUGUAUGUGUAUUGUGUGUGUGCAUUGUGUGUGUAUUGUGUGUGUGCAUUGUGUGUGUAUUAUGUGUGUAUUGUGUGUGUGCAUUGUGUGUAUGCAUUGUGUGUGUAUUGUGUGUGUGUAGUGUGUGUGUGUAUUGUGUGUGUGUGUGUGUGUGUGUGUGUGAGACUGGGUCUUUGUGGUAGGGUAGGUAUGCGGGUGUCCAUGAGGACAUCAGAUACCCCUGGAACUAGACUUGCAGGCAGUUGUAGGCUCCCUGUGUGUGGACAUGAGUAAUAUAAUCCUUCUAACUUCAAAUCUGUAAGGACUUCCAUUAUUAUUUAAACCUACUUGGCAUUAUUCACUUACCAUUGUACUUUUAAAAACACAAUCACCACCAAAUUAGAUUACUAGACUAAAGCUACAAAUCUAAGUUUUAAGUUUGUGUGUCAAUCCUAGUUCAUAGCAUGCUAUUCUUCAGGCACAUGACUACUUAACAGUGGAAAUGAUAAGGCUAUUAAUUGCUUUGGUGAUUAGGUUCUUGACUCUUAUUUUUUUUUUAAUUUUUUAUUUUCAGUAUAUCACUGUGAAAUAAAGUCAGUUCACCCAUCUCCAUCACUGCGUUAUGGAGUGAAGGCUAGCACUUUGAAGAGGAAAUGAUAAAUUAUUCUUCGGGGAGCAAUACAGUUUACUAAGCUGUGUAUGAGGCUUGGGGGUCAGGUGACCUAGCUCUUUUCAGAGGGUCAAAGGCAUGUGUCAAUUGACAGUACUUUCUUCCCUAGCUGAGCUAGUACACGGCUCACACAGCUCGCUUGCUGUCGUCUUUGCAUACCCGCUGUGGAGAAAGUUCAUCUUGCUAGGUAAGCUCCCCUCUAGUUGAAAAUGGCUACCUACUACUCUUUCAGAGUCAUACCCGGGGGAGAGGAGAAGAUGUGAUGGAAUCUGGCAGGUAUAGGGUUUCGAGUGCCGAUCUGUUUCUUGUUUAUCGUAAGCCUUCCAAAUCUCUGUGAAAAGCCUGUUUCUAAACUUCUUUUAUCAUUCUGGUGAUAGGAAGAUGAACAUUGUUACUUGAAAUAUAAACUCAAGCAGUAGUUGAUGAUAUUAAUUAUAAUAAGCAGUCCAAACAGCCUUGACAUUCAAAGCACAUUCAGACCUCCUGCUUAGAAAUAGUUUAGAUUAUUUAUCUUUGUGUGUGUGUGUGUGUGUGUAUCUAACAAAAUACAUAUUUGUAUAUACAUACAAAUAAACAUACAUGUGUAUAUGAUUAUCUACACAUUCCUACUUUAUAUAUGCAUAUACACAAAACAUACAUACAUAAAUCUAUUUAUACACACACAUGCACACACACACACAUAUCAGAUACAACAUGACAGUAUAUAAAGGACUAGUUUAGGACUAUCAGUUUAUUUAGACCAAGUCUGGCAGGGGAGAUCUGAUGAGAACUAAAUGAAAUCUGUAGUUAGUCUCAGAGACAAGCUGAGACACCCAGCUCUCUCUGUAGUCCGUAGCUGGAAGAGCUUGGGAAAUGUGGUAGUGUGUGUAAGUCGGUCUGCCAACUCUCAUGUCGUUACAGAUCCAACUGCUUUCCAAGGCACUGAAACUUCAGGUCUGCUGUUGUACUGCUUGUGAAAGUGCCACUUUCAGAAGAUUGUACUUGAAGUGUUUUUAAAUAGCACUAGAAAGACUCCGCCAUGCCACAGGAAAGCUUUUCCCUGCUCCAAGUGUGCAUUUAAUCAGCAUUAUGGCAAUUACAUCUCAACUAGAAAUGCUUCACCCUUUGUUUUGUGGCAGGAACUUUGUCUCGGAUAAAAUUAUCACGAGGAGAGGUAAUUUGAAAUGUUUUUCCUCCAUUUAUUUAUGACAGAAUAAGACAGGGCAUUGUCGAAAAGAUGAAUAUCUUUUUCUAUUUGAAGACAUCUGUUCUGGUCUUUAGAGCUGGCUUGUAGAACGCCUAUCAGUAAAACAGUGUCACCAUUGCUCGGUAACUGUCCAUGCACUAGGCGCAUAGUUUCCUUGGGUUCCUUGACUGAGAGGCUGGAAUGAGACUUAAAACUGGGCCUGAGAAGCACAAACUUGGUGACUCCUCUUAUUUGAUUAUCUCAUUGAUUUUUUUCUUUUUAAAAAGCUGUGCUUUAAAAGAGUGCAUUGCUGCCACUACUAACAAAUGAUUACCUGAUAUAGGUUUGGACACCUGGGAAAGUGAAGUCAAUGAAAGCCCAAGCUGUGUGUCUACCCUAGAUCGUCUUUCUGGAUAACCUUCUAAUAAUACCACUGUAUUUUAUGUCUUGGGGGACCCUAAGUGAAGCACUCAGAUACACAAAUGAAAGUCAUCACAGUACUCCAGAAAAUGAUAGUGUUAGAUCUUUAAUGUUGACGUAGCAGAAGGUAAGCUCAUCUUCCCACUUAAGAAGAGUGAAAGUUGGCGUGAUGGCUUUUAUCUAAAAUUGCAGGUUCCCGUUGAGGGAGGAAGCGCUAGGCUGGAAACUCUACGCAGAUCAUGUCACUGUGAGACCUAUGAUGAUUUUAGGGUGCCUAAGACAUACAGGGACACGGCCAAACUCAUGCAGGUGACGUUGCUGCCCUCAAAGUAAGAGACUGAUUUCAAAUACUUCAUUCUGGGAGGUAAUUAAAUAAACUAGGUAACUGGGUCAGAAACCAGAAAAAAAACAACUUAUAAAGACAUAGCGACAGAAUUUCUUUAUUUGCAAAGCUGUUUUCCAUUUAGAAAAUAGAAUGGCCUUUUAUUUACUACGAGAGAAUGGGAUAAAGAUUAUAUGUUAAUUUGUAAAAUAUUUCUAACUCUUAAGUUAAAAGCCUAACAAAUUAGAUUAAAACUGAAAAUAGCAAGGAACAACAUAUUAUAGGCUAUGAUUAAGGAAAUGAUACCACUAGGUGUUUGAGGAGAGGAAAUGCUUUAAGUGUGUCACGUGACUCUGCCUUCCCCUUACAGCUCAUGCUAGUCUGAUGGGACUCUAUACUCCCAGGGCUCAGGAGCUGAGGUUGGAGGAUCAGGAGUUCAAGGCUGACAUGGGCUCCAUAGCCAGUUUAAAAGGAAUAUAUAGUGAGACACUGUCUCCAAAAAUAACAAACAAACUAAAAAGCAGUUCGACAUAGAAAACAAGCACUUUCAUAGCUCUAAGAAAAAACAGAUAUAGUUUUAAGUUUUAAUCAUCUAGCCCCAUGGAAGAGAUGAGAAGGAGAUGGUUUGAGUAGAUUAAAUACCCACUCCUCUCUCGGAAACCAAACUGCUAUCAUGAACAUCAUACAUAGAUGGUUGGCUUAAGAGGGAGUGUAGCCAGUCACAUGGGGAAAUGGGAGGCCUGAGAUUCUUGGUCAGUUCUACCCCUGGGGCUUGAAGGUGUUGCUAAUGUCUGGAUUCUGUUUCCUCAUGUAGAAGAAUAUCAGAGUGUGUAACACGAGUCAAUGACACAGUCUUACCGAGAUGGACACCGCCUACACAAGGGUUUUAAAAUCUCAGAGAGGCCAGGUAAAUGGUUGGUACUUUAGGGAUGUAAGGUUUGUCUAGCUUACCAUUGCUGCCUUUAGCGAAGAGAACAAAUGCUAGUCUUUCGACUUUAGAGAUGGCACUUGCAGAGAUCACGUGGGUUUCCAGAUAAGGAUGUCUGAAUAAUUUGUGAUUUACAGGUUUGUAUUGUGUGUGUGAAGGACAGUGUUUGGACAUAUAUACAUUACGAUCCCGUAACAGUUAUCUCUUAUGAAGGAAAGCUCUUGUCAGUGACAGCAUUCAUAACACACGUAACACGCAUGGCCUUUGUUAGUGAGCAUUUUGUCACCGAUCUUUAUCAUUGGGAAAACAGACUGUUUGGUACCUUGGAAAUCCCAUAGAGAUAUGUUGACAGGAUAAUACAGGAGAGAGAAAAAAAGGUAUCCUAUAACCCUGCCAUUAUAUGCUCAGUUUUAAUGUAAGGGUAAGAAGUUGCAAAAACCGCUUUAAUAAAAAAAUUAGCUAGACCAUAAAAAAAAAGGCUGAAGAUAGUUCAUUAAAGCAUAGUCUUCAGGCCUGCCAUAACUCUCUGCCCUUCUUAGUCAGUGCUUCUCAACCUUGGCUAACAUUAGAAUCACCCAGGGAGCUUUAAAUAUCCCAACAUCCAGCCUACCCCUCUAGCUGAUUAAUUUAGAGUGGGGAGGGGGAGGAGGCAGCAUUUAACAGUAUCUUUUAGAGCCCCACAUACAAGUCUAGGUACCACCUAGCUCGAGUUCGAAUUCCUGCUCCUGUCUGUGUGUCUCAAUUGGAUCUACACAUUUUGCUUAAUCCUUCCCAGCUCUAGGAAUUCUUCUCUGGCCCCUUUAAGUGAACUCUUUAGUAAUGCUAGUGAGCUGAAUGAUGUCAGGCUAAACUUUCUAUUUUAUACCCCCCCAAGCUGUAUUAGGAAAUACUUCUUAAUUUGUUUCUUUUUGUUUUUGUUUUUGUUUUUUUUUUUUUUUUUGUUUCAUUUAGAAGUUGUGUUGGCUUGCAACACUGAAUCCAGGAUUUCUUCAUGCUCAGAGUUUGUUUAAACAACAGGCCUUUGGAAUGUUUAUGUUUUCCAUUGCAAAUAUUCUAGUGAAGAGAGAAUUGAACCCUUGGGCAGGAUGGCUGAUUUGCUUUAAGGUUACUUUCCUGUGCUCCUGUGAUGCUUCAGAGUGGGAUUUGGGUGUGGGCUGGGAAGAAAGGCACUGAACAAAAAUCAUAUCCAGUCUCCCUUCUCCUCAGCCCAUCCUACCAGCGUAUCCAUUCUAGUUUCUUUACAUAUCAGGAGGGUCCCUAUAUAUCAUCACCACAGAGAUGAGCACUGUCAGUGCAAGAAACAAGAUGGAGCUUUGGGAACCACUGGUGACCAGUCUUCUCACUACACAAGGAAGGCUGCGUAAAGGCUAAGUGACACUUCCAAAGUCAUAUAGUAAAUUGUGCCCUUUGUUCCUGCCGGUGCGGUCUCUUCACUUUCACCAGAACACAAGAAGCCCUGUCGUCCCAGCCCUUGAUCUAAAGCCUUAUUCGUAUAGGUGCUUGGCAAAUAUUUGUUGAAUGAAAACAUGAAUGAAUGCUAUUUCGUGACCUUCCAGUUCUACUCAGUCACACUGUAGGAAGAAUACUGGUUUCCGGUUUCUUCUAAAAUCUUCCCUUUAGAAACAGCAAAUGUUGAUGC